AUGUUCAUCCAAGAUCUUGAAAGAGAGGGGGUGACGGAAAGAACAGUGAACAGCAAGAAAGGGUGUACAUCAAGACGCUCCCUUGGUUUCUCAAGUUCGUAAGACGCAAGGUAAGGCACUUACCAGAUUCAGCGUCGAACCUCCAGUGAUGGAACCAGCAACAGCCCUGCUGAUUGUGGAUUACUAUGACUACACAAGCCCAGAUCCUCCUUUCCUGGAGACUCCCUCCCACCUGUCCUACACAUCUGUCUUCCUCCCUAUCUUUUACACAGUUGUAUUCUUGACUGGAGUGGUGGGGAAUUUCAUCCUCAUGAUAGCUCUGCAUUUCAAACGCGGCAACCGAAGAUUGAUCGACAUCUUUAUCAUCAACCUGGCUGCCUCUGACUUCAUUUUCCUUGUCACAGUGCCUCUUUGGAUGGAUAAGGAAGCCUCUCUAGGACUAUGGAGGACUGGCUCUUUCCUGUGCAAAGGCAGCUCCUAUGUGAUCUCCGUGAACAUGCACUGUAGUGUCUUCUUGCUCACAUGCAUGAGCAUGGACCGUUACCUGGCUAUCAUGCACCCAGCCUUAGCCAAGAGAUUACGAAGGAGAAGCUCUGCAUAUGCAGUGUGUGCCGUCGUCUGGAUCAUCUCAUGCGUCCUGGGGUUGCCCACUCUUCUGUCCAGGGAGCUCACUCACAUUGAAGGCAAACCAUACUGUGCAGAGAAGAAACCCACGUCCUUAAAACUGAUGUGGGGCCUGGUAGCCUUGAUUACCACCUUUUUCGUCCCCCUCCUGAGCAUUGUGACCUGCUACUGUUGCAUCACAAGGAGGCUGUGUGCUCAUUACCAGCAGUCGGGAAAGCAUAACAAGAAACUAAAGAAGUCCAUAAAGAUCGUUAUUAUUGCGGUGGCGGCCUUCACCGUCUCCUGGGUACCCUUUAACACUUUCAAGCUCCUAGCCAUUGUUUCAGGGUUCCAGCCAGAAGGCCUUUUUCACUCCGAGGCUUUGCAGCUGGCCAUGAAUGUGACUGGGCCCUUGGCCUUUGCCAGCAGCUGUGUCAACCCUCUCAUUUACUAUGUCUUUGACAGCUAUAUCCGCCGGGCCAUUGUACGUUGUCUGUGCCCUUGUCUGAAGACCCACAACUUUGGGAGCAGCACUGAGACAUCGGACAGUCACCUCACUAAGGCUCUUUCCAACUUCAUUCAUGCAGAGGAUUUCAUCCGGCGGAGGAAGAGAUCUGUGUCACUCUAAAAGGAACUGUGACAUGUCAAGCUCUGUUGGCACUCUUUGGAAGCUGGGGUUUGUCAGCAGCAGAGAAAGAGAAGAGCAUUAAAGAUGACAUUCAUUUUGAUUCAUAAAUCCAAGGAAGUGUUGGCUUUUUUUAAAAAGCCUCCCUGAAGAGCUCUUGUGCUGUGGGUCUAAUCAGAACAUAUGCAGUGUGUUCACCUUAAAGGUCUUCUUACUUGGUAAUCCAGCCAACCAGACAACAUACAAACUCCACUGUCUUUGAACUCAAAGGCUGUUUUCUUCAUGCAUGCAUUGGGACCUUUCUGAACCAUCCGCUGUUUGUACUGGGCUAUGUUUGGACGAGACAUUUUGAUCUGGUAAGAAGUGUAGUGGGAUGCUGGAUAACAAAAGCAAAAAUACUUGUACUCUGUAACUCACUGUCCCCGAGUUACUGAGAUUGACUCUGGUCCCAAUUAAGAAUCUGUCUGGUUAGUCUUCCUCUCUGUCCUGCAUUGGCUUUCAGACCAUAGCUUUGGACUGGGAAAAACAAAAGAAAGAAAAUCCAUAUGAGGAAAAAGACACUGUGCAUUGUGUUUAUGAAUCGAGAGUCACGUCAUCACCUGAUCUGAAAUGUGCUAGCAGGUAUUCAUUGCGUAAGGCUUGAUCUUUGCCUUGUAAGAAACACUGGUAACAACAAUUCAGCUUAUCAUAUGCGAUGGUAACUGCUUUUUAAAAAGAUUUUUAAUAUGCUGUUUGUUUUCAUUGCCUUUAUAAAUUGGAAUUUGACUUUGUUGUAAUUACAUGUUUUGAAUUACCUAUCAUCUUGUUAUCAAAUGAAAAUGUUACUACUAAUGUAAUUGGAGCCGGGAGGCUUGGGCCAACCCCCAUGCAGAUGAUCACUUAAGGUUCUAAUUAAAAUGUUACUGUGCACAUUCUUUGAACAAUUCCUUUGCUUGGUGUAUAUAAUUUCAAGAUGAUGUGGGAUGCUCUGUAUCCAGCUGAAAUAAAAGACCUAUCAGAGAA